GACUUUGCCUCUUGGAAAGCUUUAGGUUGCAGCCUGCCUUCCAAGCAUUCUUUAAACUAGAAAUGUGGGAGGGACUCCAGGGGAGAGAGAGGAGAGAGAGAUGGCUAUCAACUGAAUUCAUUACUGUAAACAUCUCCCUGGGGUGUCAGGCAGGGAGGAAAAAAAGGCACGACUCACAUUAGCAGGGAAUAGUCAGAUCUGAGGCAUCAUUACUGCUAAGAUCAGCCUGUAACGCCGGCUGAAGGCAGGCGCGGCACUCGGAAGGAGCUAGCCGCACGCAUUCAUAAAUACACUCACAUCUAUUUGUUUGAUGCCUCCGACGACGACCAAGGGUCCUGGGUCUCCGUGCCAGCUCCUCAUGUGAUCCUCUCAUCAUUUCUAGAGGACAGAGAGAGGGGGGAAAAAAAAAGAAAAGAAAGAAAGAAACGUCCUUGCGGCCCCUUCUCAUUUCUUUUUACCGGAGAAGGAGGAGCAGCGAGGGAGAGGAGCAAAUCGAGGAGAGAAAGUGCGCCAGAUCCAGCUGAUAGCUGUUAUGAGGACUUUGAUGACUUCAGAAAGCUGAGCAUAACAUCAACAGACUUCAAUGAAAGGAAAUAAUAUCACUCCAAGCAACUUGUACAGACAGCUUUUGGUAGCUUUAAAUUAACUGGUUGCUCAACUACAAGAACACAGCUGUUGUUUCUUUCGGCACACAUGGAGGAAAGCAACAAGAUUUGUAACCCUGGCUAAUAGGACUGUGGCUUUCUUAUCAAAAGUAGGAGCUGGGCCAACUGUAAAAUGAUUAUUUUAUACUUAGCCUGAAGGACUUUACCUCUGCUUGAACACUGGACAUAAACUGAAGCCAGUUUUAAUGAUCUGAGAUUUUGCUACUUGUCCUUUAUUAUUGUUAUUAGCUCUCUUUAACACUUUGAUACUUUAUUUCUUUAAAUUGGAAAUGGGUUCCUGGACUAGAUUGUGGCCCUCAGACUGGGCUGUUCUCAUGAAAUCAUGGCUUAUCUUUUCCCUGGGGCUCUACAUGCAGGUCUCCAAAACUUUGGCCUGUCCAAAAGUGUGCCGCUGCGAUCGAAACUUUGUCUACUGUAAUGAGCGAAGCUUGACCUCAGUGCCUCUUGGGAUACCAGAGGGUGUAACCGUCCUCUACCUCCAUAAUAACCAAAUAAAUAAUGCUGGAUUUCCUGCAGAAUUGCACAAUGUCCAGUCUGUGCACACAGUCUAUCUUUAUGGCAACCAAUUGGAUGAGUUCCCAAUGAACCUGCCCAAAAAUGUCAGGGUUCUCCACUUGCAGGAAAACAACAUUCAGACCAUUUCUCGGGCUGCUCUUGCUCAGCUCUUGAAGCUGGAAGAACUGCACCUGGAUGACAACUCCAUCUCCACUGUUGGAGUUGAGGAUGGGGCAUUCCGGGAAGCCAUCAGCCUCAAGCUUCUGUUCUUGUCCAAGAAUCACUUAAGCAGUGUACCAGUAGGCCUUCCAGUGGACUUACAAGAACUUCGAGUAGAUGAAAAUCGAAUUGCUGUCAUUUCAGACUUGGCCUUCCAGAAUCUUACAAGUUUGGAACGUCUGAUUCUGGAUGGCAAUCUGCUUACUAAUAAAGGCAUAGCUGAAGGCACCUUUGGCCACCUCUCCAAGCUCAAGGAAUUCUCUAUAGUGCGUAAUUCACUGAUCCAUCCUCCUUCUGAUCUUCCAGGUACACAUUUGCUAAGGCUCUACUUGCAAGACAACCAGAUAACCCAUAUACCACUUACAGCCUUCUCAAACCUUCACAAACUGGAACGUCUUGAUAUUUCCAACAAUCAGCUUCGUAUGUUGGUAAAGGGUGUAUUUGAUGAUCUCCACAACUUGAGGCAACUCACUGUAAGGAAUAAUCCCUGGUUAUGUGACUGCAGCAUUAAGUGGGUCACUGAAUGGCUCAAGUUUAUUCCCUCUUCCAUCAAUGUACGGGGUUUUAUGUGUCAGGGACCAGAGCAGGUCCGAGGUAUGGCAGUCAGGGAGCUUAAUAUGAAUAUGCUGUCAUGCCCCACCACUACCCCAGGUAUGUCACUUGUCAUCACCCCAGUUCCAGCUACAGCUAAGCCAACUACAUUAGUUCCCUCCUCAUCAGUUCCUCCCCCAAGUACUAAGUAUAGUCCUCUGACUCCUAUCAUAGUCGCACUCCCCACUGUGCCUGACAGGGAAGACAGAGAAAGGGUAACACCUCCUAUAUCUGAGCGAAUUCAACUCUCUAUCCAUUUUGUGAAUGAUACUUGCAUCCAGGUUAACUGGAUAUCUGUUUUUACUGUGAUGGCAUAUAAACUCACAUGGGUUAAAAUGGGCCAUAGUCUGGUAGGGGGAAUUGUUCAGGAACGAAUAGUUAGUGGUGAGAAACAACACUUCAGCUUGGUAAAUCUGGAGCCCAAAUCCACCUAUCGGAUUUGCUUGGUUCCUCUGGAUGCUUACAAUAAUUACCGAACUGGAGAAGACACUGUCUGUUCAGAAGCCACAACAAAGGCUUCCUUUUCGAACAGUGGUGGCAACAUUCCCUCCAGCCAUGAGCAGACAACUUCUCAGAACCUGGGCUCCCCAUUUCUGCUUGCAGGUUUAAUUGGGGGUGCAGUGAUAUUUGUGCUCGUGGUCCUUCUCAGCAUUUUUUGCUGGCACAUGCACAAAAAGGGGCGUUACACCUCCCAGAAGUGGAAAUACAAUCGAGGUCGUCGGAAAGAUGACUACUGUGAGGCAGGAACCAAGAAGGACAACUCCAUCCUGGAAAUGACAGAAACCAGCUUCCAGAUUGUGUCCUUAAAUAAUGAUCAGCUCCUUAAAGGAGAUUUCAGACUGCAGCCCAUUUAUACCCCAAAUGGGGGCAUUAACUACACAGACUGUCACAUCCCCAAUAACAUACGAUACUGCAAUAGCAAUGUCUCAGACCUGGAGCACUGUCAUACGUGAUAGUAAGGGGAGAUGGGGGUGUAAAGGAUAAAGAGAAAAAACUCUGAGAAAGUAACCCUCACAGCAAUGAAAAAAUUACAUUUGAUAAAUGUUAAACAGAUGCAUUUAUGCAUUUGAAUACUCUGUAAUUUAUACGGUGUACUAUAUAAUGGGAUUUAAAAAGUGCUAUCUUUUCUAUUUCAAGUCAAUUGCAAAUGGUUUUGUAACUCUUUGCUUUUUAAAUCUUAAAAAAAUAUUGCUAAGUACUGUACAGGGUUGUACAAUAAGAACCCAGUGUCAUGGCAAAGGAAAGAAUGAUUCAUUCUUCAAACAUUAACCACUUUGCUGUCGAAGCUCUCUGAGGGAUGUAAGUUCCUAGGUGUCCUGUAAUACAGGAAAAUAAGUGCAUAUUAAAACAGGGUUACUAGGAACAGCCAAAAGCAAUUCAGAUAAAAUGGGUAAAACCCAUUUGGCUCAAAUCCAGCAGUUGCUGUUGCAUUUCAAACCAUUUAAAAUAUUUCUGUCCCCCUUUCUCAGUUAUGUACUUCCUACCUCCAACUCAAAGCUGGAGUUCUGACUGCUACCAAAAAGGCUACUUGUUAUUUAAUUAGGUUUUCCCAACAUACUUGGAAAGGUAGACAGAACUCAGUGUCAAACAUGAAGUGACCUUGAUUUCUAUUUGCAAAAGCUAUUCUGAAAAUGUCCCCCAGUGCCAUGCAUUUUUAUGUUAGAAAUGGUUCCAGCCUUUCAUUAUGGUUAAGAAGCUUCACAAAUUCUUUAACCCUUCUCAGUGGGAGAUGAAGGUUAUCAGUAUGUAAGAGGUAGUUGUCAUUAGAUUACACUUCUCAUUAAUAGAUCAAUAUUUGUUGACAGCAUGUUCAGGUAAAACCUGAACAAGGGAAAUUCUAAGCGCUCUCAACUCUGUGGUAUUCAUGUAGAAUUUACAGUCUAAAAGUGGAAAUUGCUGAAAACUUGUUUCAAAACAUAACGUCAAUGGAAACGUUGCCAUUGACUUUUAUGGUUCAAGCUCUGUGUGAUUUAGCAGUUUGAGUUACAGUCAGUAUGAAGAAAGAAAAAGGUAAAAACAAUCAACAAAAGAAAAAUAAUCGUGAAAGAUGUUUUUAAUUUUUUUUUAAUUUAUUUAUUACUGAAGACCUCUGGGCCUAUUGUGAACUGAAAUAUGAA